AUGGCCCACUGGAGGGAGGAGUACUUGGCUGCACUGACAGUCCGAGAUCAGUCUGAGAAGGCAAAUGCCACUCUUUACGAUGCCUAUGCUCGGCUUGCAGAUCGUACCAGCAAGCUAACAACUACAAGAGAUGCCAGCCCAGUAACGUCGCAACCUGAGAUACAUCGCUCUAUUCCAUCGCCCUUGGUCACGGCUUCCAAAAAACAACGGAGUAAUGAGCCGAGUCCAACUCCAGCCGAGCUCCUCAAUCUCGCCCGUGCGGAUUUAUCCGAGGCACAACGCUCCCGUUCAGAACUACAGGAUCAACUGAACCGCGCGAAUACAGAAUUAGAAGGUCUUCGAAAGUCACAUAAGCAGGAAACGCGGCGGGUCGAGCUUGCGGAACAUGGGCUAGCGCAGAUAGAAAGACGGUUGCGGGACCGAGUUGCAGAGCUGAAGGGGAAGGCCAAGCUAUUGGAGGACCUCCAAAAUGAGAUGGCGACAUUGAAUCUACAACUGAACAUGGCCGAGGAGAAGUCAACUCGACUGCAGAAGGAAAACCAAGAUCUUGUUGACCGUUGGAUGGCAAGGAUGGGUCAAGAGGCGGAGGCCAUGAACCAAGCAUCCAAGUACUCAUAG